CUCUUCAAAAGGAAACAACAUUUUGAUGAUCAUGUGAAAACGAAAACAACAAAACUUUACAGAAAACAAAAUGAGUAUUUGAUUGAUAAAGAGUGUCAGAAGUAUGCAUGAAGCAUUUGAGGCUGGUUCCAUUGUGGAAAAUUUUCCACUGAAAAUCGAAUCAAUAGCAUGUUAUGAUGACAUACUGUUAGUUGGAACAAAAGAUGGUCCCUUAUUGCAAUAUAAAGUGAAAAAAUAUAAAGUUUCAGGUGAGACAAAGUAUGAAGUUGCUUUGGAAAGAUCAAACAAAACCUUUUCUAAGAAACCAAUUCAGCAGUUGUUUGCUGUGCCAGAGUUGUUCUUGUUGAUAAGUCUUUCAGACAAUGUUGUAAGUGUACAUGAUUUGACUACAUUCAACUUGAUUACAACUCUCACAAAGACAAAAGGUGCCACACUCUUUGCUGCAGAUGUUGAGACCCUUGUAUCACAGACUGGCGAGAAACAAUCAACAUUACAAAUAUGUGUAGCAACAAGACGGAAACUACAAAUUAUGUUCUGGAAAAACAGAGAGUUUAUAGAUUUAACAGGUGAUAUGAACAUGUAUGACAUUCCUAGAGCUAUGGUUUGGUUUAAAGACAGACUCUGUGUGGGCUUUAAAAGGGAUUACUUCAUUGUCAAAAUUCAGAAUGGAGAGUCGAAGGAGUUGUUUCCCCUGGGAAGUAAGCAGACAGAGCCAGUGAUAACAUAUUUGAAGGAUUCCGGGUUUAUAGUUAGCCGCGAUGAUAUGUCAAUAUUUAUAGACAAAGAGGGUCAGCCAUUUAAGAAACAUCCUGUCAGGUGGACAGAUAUUCCUGUAGCCUCUGUUCAUGAAGCUCCAUAUCUAAUCUCAGUUUUACCAAAAUGUUUAGAAGUGCGUACAAUAGAUCCCCAUCUUAUGAUACAGUCUAUAGAGUUAAAGAAUGCAAGGUUUAUAUGUCAGGGUAGCGGACAAAUCUAUAUUGCCUCUAGUAACCAUGUCUGGAGACUGACAGCAGUACCAACAGCCAAUCAAAUCCGACAGCUCAUACAGAAUAAGGAGUUUGAGUUAGCUUUGCAAUUGGCAAAAAUGACUGAAGAACCCGAGAUGGAAAAGCAGCACAGAAUUAACCAAAUACAAACACUGUAUGCUGUCAACCUGUUCUGUAAACUUAAAUUUGAAGAAUCUAUGAAACUAUUUGUUAACUUGGACACUGAUCCAUCUCAUGUGAUAGGGUUGUAUCCUAACUUACUGCCGGCAGAGUUUAAGAAGAAAUUAGAAUACCCUGAACCAUUACCUGUUCUAGAAGGAAGUGAUCUAGAGAAAGGAUUGCUAGCAUUAACUGACUAUCUGAAUGAUAAAAAGCGAAUAUUAAACAAAGUAUCAACAGUAUCACCAACUGCCAUCAAGGAAGGUAACACCAUGGUAACCUCGAAGGAACAACUCACCCAGAUCAUUGAUACAACACUUCUUAAAUGUUAUCUACAGACAAAUGAUGCCCUGGUAGCGUCAUUGUUAAGACUGAAGGAUAACAAGGUUCAUAUAGAAGAGGCAGAGAGAUCUCUCAAGAAGAAGGAAAAAUUUAGUGAACUUAUAAUACUCUAUGAACAGAAAGGAUUACAUGAGAAAGCAUUAAAUUUGCUAAUGAAACAAGCAGCGCGACCAAAAUCUCUUCUUCAAGGCUGUGAUAGGACUGUGCAAUAUUUACAACAUUUAGGGCCAGAUCAUAUAAAUCUCAUAUUUGAAUAUGCUGAUUGGGUAAUAAAAGAAUAUCCUGAAGAUGGACUAAAGAUUUUCACAGAAGAUCUGCCAGAAGUUGAAAGUCUACCAAGGCGGAAAGUAUUGGAUUAUCUAGAAAAUCUUAAUAAGGGAAAUAAAGACUUGGCCAUAAAAUAUUUGGAACAUGUGAUAUAUGACUGGAAGGACACAUCGGAGGAAAUACACAGUAGAUUUGCUCAACUUCUCAGGGAGAAAGUACAGUUCCUUAUGAGGGAAUACAUACAGUCACUGCCUGAAGGGCACAUGCCAGUGAAGAAAGCAGGUACAGAGCCAGCUGAACUAGGGGAAUAUAGAAAAAAACUUAUAGAUUUUCUACAUAUGUCUACAUAUUACAAACCAGAGGAAUUGUUACCUAGAUUUCCUUUAAAUGAAUUUUUUGAGGAGCGUGCAAUAUUGUUAGGUCGACUGGGAAGACAUGAGGUGGCAUUAGGGUUGUAUGUGAUAAUACUGAAAGAUGCCAAAUUAGCAGAGGAAUAUUGUAGGAAGUACUACAACAAGCAUUCCCCUGGAGAUAGUGAUGUAUAUUAUUAUUUACUGAAAGUAUAUUUACAACCACCUGAGCCCUCAUCACUAGGUUUGACAGCAUUUAAAGAUGGUAUAAAACCAGAGCCUAACCUUCCAGCUGCCUUAAAGAUUAUGGAACAACAUGCAGGAUGUUUAGAUACAACUAGAGCAUUAGAGUUACUUCCCCCUGACACAAAGAUUCAGGACAUACUGGCAUUUAUGGAGAAUGUUUUAGAACUUAAAGCAUCUACAAAACAUCAAAACAGGGUAUUAAGAAACAUGUUGUUCUCGGAGACACUACAUGUACAUGAACAGAGGAUGUUUUAUCAGAAAGAAAAGGUUGUCAUAGAUGAUUUCAAGAUGUGUGUGGUCUGUAGGAAACGUAUUGGAAACAGUUUCUUUGCUCGUUAUCCCAAUGGUGUUAUUGUACAUUAUGGAUGCUGUAAAGAUCCUAAAGUUCCGCCUUGUGAUCCCUGAUAGAAAUGGUGCUGUAAACAUUCCAAUGCUAAUAAGUGCUUCACAAUUAUAGUGCAAUGUAAAAGUCAUGUGACCUCAGUAAUCCACUAUAAAAUGACUCCUGUAGAUAUAGUUUGCAGGAUAGUUCUUACACUUUUAAAGGAUUAAAGCAGCACACCUCCAGAUUCAUGUUAAAUUUCAUGAAAAUUUUGAUAAUGUAUUUGACAGUAAAAUAUUGUGAGGUGAACAAAUAAAGUUAUUUACAUAUUGCAAUUGGCAUUACAAUCCAUGCAAAUAACCAAAAAGAGGUCAAAAUGUGCAAAAAAAACCUUACUGCGUUAGUAACGCAGUAGAAAUAUGGUAAUAAAAUACUGCAAAAUCAGUCUUAAAUCGCAAAUAACAUGUAAACUUUAACAUUGAUCUUGAUUGUUUUUUACUUUUCUUGAAAUAUUAGUACAUUUUUCUCAAUUUUCAUUUUCUUGAAAUAUUUUGGCUCAUCUGGAGGCGUGCAGCUUUAAAAAUCUAUUUUUGUUUAUAAAGAUUUUGACCAAUUUUUACUCAAAAUUGAUUGGUUGAUUUAACACAAGUGUAACAGACUAUGUUGAAAUAUGUUAUUUUUAGUCAAAUUUACAUUUUAACAUGAUGAUAGACUUCAAAUCAAAAUUGUUUGAUGGAAAAUUUUGAAUCUUUUUUUCAACUAGUGCAUUUUAAGAUUUUCAUAAAAAUGUAAGUAUAAAGAUGGUUGAAAGGAAUCCCAGAGGUUGUCUGCACACAUAUAUAGAUUUAUAUAAAAUGAUAAAAUGUGAUGAAUUUUCCUUGUGCACUGUAUUUAUAUAUAUAUUUAUAUAUGUGUGGGGGAAAAAAGAAUACUACUUCACUUGAGUCUGUGAUUAUUUGUUUAUUAAAUGAGUAUUAAGUGUUUGUGAACUUGUAUUUAGGUAAAUCUAAAAAAAAUAUAUGUAACAAAUCAAGUGUUAAACUGAACAAAAAAAUCUACUGUAUUUUCUAUAGAUUAGACUUUACAAUGUGAUAUUUUUUACGAAAUUAUCAAUUCAUCGAAAUUUCAUUGCCUGUAAUGCAUGAAUGAAUAUUUUCUCAUCAAACAUUCUCACAAAGUUUGAUUAUGAUCCAACCAAAACUGUGACUGGUAAUGUGUUAACAACCUCAAUGUUGACGAUGCACGAGAAAAUGUAGCUAGUCAAUAUAAGGCAUUACAUUAUGUGUCUGAAAUAUGGGGUUUGUCUGGUCUGGUAAGCAAAUGCAUCAUAUUAGGGGGAAUAUUUUUUUUUUUUUAAAUGUGUGUUAUAGUCUUAGAUGAGUAGUAGUACUUAUUAUAUGGUGUUUUUUUGGCUUGAAGAUUCAACACAGUAAAAGAUAAAAUGAUUUUUGAAAUGUCAGAUAAAUGAAAUUUUAGUCUGAAGUUGUCAGAAAAAUACUUCUGACAUCAAUUAUAAUAACUUUUGUUGUAAUUUAAUUAAUCACUGCUAUAUUGCAAAUACCAAUCUCAAUUGCAUUGAUAUUUAUGGAGAGAGGGAUUAAUAAAGACUUAUAGACCUUGAUGUUUGUAUGGAAAAAAAACAACAACAAAAAAUGGAAUGAGCAGAUGUCUUGAAUUUAGCAAGACUGUUCCUUGUAUUAAGGUCAUUUAAGAAGCUUUUAAAUAAAGUUAUCAUUUUGGUAAAUGCCAGAAUGCAAGUAGCAAGGGAAUAGAUGGGUUUGUUUUUAAAUAAAAAGACUGUUUAAUAACUCAAGAAAACCACAAUAUUUUUUUUCUGAGUUUUCAAAUGAGCAUUUCACAGUAAGAUAAUCUUACAUUGAAAAAGGCCAAAAUGUAAACAUAGCUAUAGAUUGCUCUAUUUUACAAAGAAACAAUGAGAAGAACAUGAGCUUUCAUUUAGAACCUGUAUUUUGUUCUUCCUGAUAUUGAUAACGUUGCUAUUAUGUGUCAAAUAUACUUUAUUUUUAUGUUACUUUGCAUGCUUUGUAAAUGAUGUAUUAAUUGCCACUUUGUUAUAGGAUAAAUCAUGCAUAUGUAUGUAUUGUUACUCAAAUUGCUAUUUAUAUAAAAUAAUAAAUUUGAUGAAUAAAUAUGAAAAAUAAUCA